AUGAGUGCUACUGAACCAACUAAUGAAAAAGUUGAUAAAAAUGUAUCUGAUGAUGAAGAAGAAGAUAUUGAUCAAUUAGUUUUAGAUUUACAAUCUAAUCCUGGUAAUUUAGAUGAAGAAGAAGAAGGUGAAGAUGAUAAUAAAGCUUCAUUUGUUGCUGUACCAGAAGAAUUAUUACAAACCGAUCCAAGAGUUGGUUUAACUGAUGAUGAAGUUCAUAAAAGAAGAAAAAGAUAUGGUUUAAAUCAAAUGGCUGAAGAAAAAGAAAAUAUGGUUUUAAAAUUUGUUAUGUUUUUUGUUGGUCCAAUUCAAUUCGUUAUGGAAGCCGCUGCUGUUUUAGCUGCUGGUUUAGAAGAUUGGGUUGAUUUUGGUGUUAUUUGUGCUUUAUUAUUGUUGAAUGCUUUUGUUGGUUUUAUUCAAGAAUAUCAAGCUGGUUCAAUUGUUGAUGAAUUGAAAAAAACUUUAGCUAAUUCUGCUUUAGUUGUUAGAAAUGGUCAAUUAGUUGAAAUACCUGCAAAUGAAGUUGUUCCUGGUGAUAUUUUACAAUUGGAAGAUGGUACUGUUAUUCCAACUGAUGGUAGAAUUGUUUCUGAAGAUUGUUUAUUACAAGUUGAUCAAUCCGCUAUUACUGGUGAAUCAUUAGCUGUUGAUAAAAGACAUGGUGAUAAUUGUUAUUCUUCAUCAACUGUUAAAACUGGUGAAGCUUUUAUGAUUGUUACUGCUACUGGUGAUAAUACUUUUGUUGGUAGAGCUGCUUCUUUAGUUAAUAAAGCUUCUUCAGGUACUGGUCAUUUUACCGAAGUUUUAAAUGGUAUUGGUACUACUUUAUUAGUUUUUGUUAUUCUUACUUUAUUAGUUGUUUGGGUUGCUUGUUUCUAUAGAACUGUUAGAAUUGUUCCAAUUUUAAGAUAUACUUUAGCUAUUACUAUUAUUGGUGUUCCAGUUGGUUUACCAGCUGUUGUUACUACUACUAUGGCUGUUGGUGCUGCUUAUUUAGCUAAAAAACAAGCUAUUGUUCAAAAAUUAUCUGCUAUUGAAUCAUUAGCUGGUGUUGAAAUUUUAUGUUCUGAUAAAACUGGUACUUUAACAAAAAACAAAUUAUCUUUACAUGAACCAUAUACUGUUGAAGGUGUUGAACCAGAUGAUUUAAUGUUGACUGCUUGUUUAGCUGCUUCAAGAAAGAAAAAAGGUUUAGAUGCUAUUGAUAAAGCCUUCUUAAAAUCAUUAAUUAAUUAUCCAAGAGCUAAAGCUGCAUUACCAAAAUAUAAAGUUAUUGAAUUUCAACCUUUUGAUCCUGUUUCAAAAAAAGUUACUGCUAUUGUUGAAUCACCAGAAGGUGAAAGAAUUAUUUGUGUUAAAGGUGCUCCAUUAUUCGUUUUAAAAACUGUUGAAGAUGAUCAUCCAAUUCCAGAAGAUAUUCAUGAAAAUUAUCAAAAUACUGUUGCUGAAUUUGCUUCAAGAGGUUUUAGAUCUUUAGGUGUUGCAAGAAAAAGAGGUGAAGGUCAUUGGGAAAUUUUAGGUAUUAUGCCAUGUAUGGAUCCUCCAAGAGAUGAUACUGCUGCUACUGUUCAUGAAGCAAGAAAUUUAGGUUUAAGAGUUAAAAUGUUAACUGGUGAUGCCGUUGGUAUUGCAAAAGAAACUUGUAGACAAUUAGGUUUAGGUACAAAUAUUUAUGAUGCUGAUAGAUUAGGUUUAUCAGGAGGUGGUGAUAUGGCUGGUUCUGAAAUUGCUGAUUUUGUUGAAAAUGCUGAUGGUUUUGCUGAAGUUUUCCCACAACAUAAAUAUAAUGCUGUUGAAAUUUUACAAUCAAGAGGUUAUUUAGUUGCUAUGACUGGUGAUGGUGUUAAUGAUGCUCCAUCCUUAAAGAAAGCUGAUACUGGUAUUGCUGUUGAAGGUGCUACUGAUGCUGCUAGAUCAGCUGCUGAUAUUGUCUUUUUAGCUCCAGGUUUAUCUGCAAUUAUUGAUGCUUUAAAAACUUCAAGACAAAUUUUCCAUAGAAUGUAUUCAUAUGUUGUUUACAGAAUUGCUUUAUCAUUACAUUUAGAAUUAUUUUUAGGUUUAUGGAUUGCUAUUUUAAAUCAUUCAUUAAAUAUUGAUUUAGUUGUUUUCAUUGCUAUUUUUGCUGAUGUUGCAACUUUAGCUAUUGCUUAUGAUAAUGCUCCAUAUGAUCCAAAACCAGUUAAAUGGAAUACUCCAAGAUUAUGGGGUAUGUCAAUCAUAUUAGGUAUAAUUUUAGCUAUUGGUACUUGGAUUACUUUAACUACUAUGUUUUUACCAAAAGGUGGUAUUAUUCAAAAUUUCGGUGGUUUAGAUGGUAUUUUAUUUUUACAAAUUUCAUUAACUGAAAAUUGGUUAAUUUUUAUUACAAGAGCUCAAGGUCCAUUCUGGUCAUCAAUUCCAUCAUGGCAAUUAUCUGGUGCAGUUUUAAUUGUUGAUGUUCUUGCUACUUGUUUCACUUUGUUUGGUUGGUGGUCACAAAAUUGGACUGAUAUUGUUACAGUUGUUAGAGUUUGGGUUUGGUCAUUUGGUGUAUUCUGUGUAAUGGGUGGUGCUUAUUACAUUAUGUCACAAUCUGAAUCAUUUGAUAACUUAUGUAAUGGUAGAUCAUCAAAACCAAAACAUGAUUCAAGAUCAUUAGAAGAUUUCUUAGUUUCUAUGCAAAGAGUCUCAACUCAACAUGAAAAAUCAACUUAA